AUGACGGAAUUGCAAUUAAUGCUAAAUAACGUGUCAGAAACUGCAGCAAGAAUCGGACUCAGGAUCAAUGUAAAUAAAACGAAAGUAUUUUCGCCUUAUGUGGAAGAAGCUGAUAAAAUGCCUCUUUUUGUAAAUUCAUUGACGGUUGAGGAAGUGCCCGAUUUCAAAUACGUUGGGUCCCCUCUAAUAUCAAAUGCACGGGCAAAAGAUGAUAUUACAACUCGGAUCACGGCAGCUAGAAAUGCGUUCUUCCGGUUGACGAAACUUUUAUGGAAUCGUCGUGAAAUCACCAUAAAAACGAAAGUAUGCAUCUAUAUAGCCGUGAUUUGUUCAAUCUUGCAAUAUGGUUCUGAGUCAUGGCCAAUGAGAGUGGAGGAUGUUAAGUUAUCUGCCUUUGACCACUCUUGUCUAAGGUACAUAUUACGGGUUCGCCGAGUGGAUAAAAUCUCACUAUAUCGCAUCCUCCUUCGUUCAUAUACCACUUGCAUAAAUAAUGUUAUCAAUGAACGCCGCCUUCGCUGGUUAGGGCACAUUCUCCGUCGUCCACCACAGGACUUGACGCAUAUUUCGUUAUUUGCUAAACCGUGUGAUGGGUGA